AUGCUUCUGUGCGCAUCAGCUUCGCGUGGCUCUGACAUGGAACGAACGCAGCGUGGCCUUUCUUGCAUCGGCUAUCAGCAGGUUAGAUGGCUGCCGCUUUGGUGGGAUGAAACGCAUGAUGCAGUGGGCGCAGUCAGCAGGGCGUUGCCAUUGGGAGUGCCCUCAUCGGUUGGGCAUUCACUGCAACGGGACGGGGGGAAUAUGUUGAACAAUGGGGCACCUCUCCUGAGCGAAAAGGGUGGUAGUGUCGUCUGCCACGAGGGCGACGGAUGGAGCAAGGGUCCCCUCCUUUUAACGCUUUUCGCUGAUGGUGAAGAAAAAUGA